CAAAACAACCCAAAAUGUUAACUAAUCACAACUACCGCUGGAGCUGGUACCACGUUCCAAAAAAUGUUCAGUUAUUUGGAUAAAUUAUUUUUAUAACAAUCGGAAGAUGCAAACCGAAGUGCCUGUCCUGCCGAUAGUGAAUUCAAAUGGGCACAAAAGCUCUACUAGAAAAACUAAUGGCGAGGCGGUUUCAUCAAUAGAAAGUAAGAAUCAUACGCAAUGCAAGAGUGCUCAGUUUCUCAUAUCGAAUCGCAAGCAUUUGAAUCCCAUACUUGGAGCGCCUUACAAGAAUAGUAUGAGACUGCACUGUGUCUCCGAACCUACGAGACGCCCAUUAAAAAAUCCUGUGGGUCAACGAAUCAUCUCGGCGAAAACUCUGAGAGUCAAGGAGUUGCAGAAUCAACUGACUGACGCACAUUAUCAUUUAAACGAACUCGCCAAUGAGAAUAGGCUGCUGAAAGCUCUUCAGAAGAGACAAGACUCUGCUUUGAAGAGAUACGAAGGCACUAAUGCUGAAUUACCUAGAAUUAUCAAUUCUCAUCAUGAGGAAUUGAAAGUUCUGCAGACUAAAUACAAGAGACUCAGGUCUCAGCACAAGCUGACGUGUGAUUUGAUGAAGGAGAAGGAUAAUGAAGUUCAUACUUUGCAGGCUCAAAAUAAACAUUUAUUGCAAUUGAGUAAAGACAGACACUUGGGAGAACGCGAAAAAUUGCAGAUGCAAGUCUCCGAUUUGAAUCACAGGAUUGAACAGCAACAGGAAACUAUUCAAAGUUUGAACAGGAAAUUAUCGCUCUCCAGUAAAAGCUUAAAACAUCAAUUACACGUUGAAGUAACGAAGCACAAAGAGACCCAGAAGCAGUUGAGCGAGACUCUCGACAAAUUGAAGAAUCUGGAAGAAUUGCUAGACAACAGAGAAAAGCGAUUAUACCAAAGUGGGCAACUGCCGGCGUUCAACAAACGGAAGGCGUUGACGAGUCAGUCUUUAAUGAAUUUAGGACUCUCCCAUCUCAUUAAAUCUUCCAGUAAAAGUAGAGACUCGCAGAGUGGUUUCAAAAAUAAAAGUUUGCCAAAGCUACCAGUAAACGAUUCGAGCGACUCAAAGCCCUCAUCCUCGAAGACAGAAGCUCCAGACGUUCCCAGGACUGAAACGAUGGCGUCCCUCCACCAGGUCCGUAAAUUCAGACUCCAGAAAUCGGCGCAAAAUACAUCGCGAGCCCUCACGGAGCGUCUACAUCUAGACGAAGAUGCUCCGAAAAUCCAUCGGAAUUCCACCCUAAACAACUCAGUCCCUGCGAACAUGAACGAGUUGUACGACCGACUAGACCCUCAAGACCUCGCCGACGAGGAGAUCAAGCACAUAAUGCAGGGCUUUGAUUCGAAGCCCCCGAAUUAUCAGGCAUCCAAGGUUCUUCUCAAGGAAUACAGAUACUCCACCGACAGUGACAGUGAAAACAUCGCUGAAGAGGAAGUCGAUCGUCUGGAGCGACCGCAACAGUCCCCAAAGACAUCGCCAACAAGAAACUCCCGUCAUUUGCACUCGAAAUUGAUAAACGGAUCGAUUGACAAUCAAACCCUUCGCCUGGAGCAAUCCCUCCUCAACUUGAAUUCUCAAAAACUCGACAGCAAGCUCCUUUACAAAAGAGUUAAUCGAGUCUCGGAUCGGAAAGCGUUGGAGACAUCUUCGGACAGCGACUCUGAACCUGAAAGGGCUAAAGAUUUAGAAGAGGGCUUGAGAGUUAAAAAGAAGGAAAAUUCCUCCUCCAGCAGUAAAAACUCUGCGCCGGGCAUGGAGAAUAGCCAAGAGCGAUUGCUGAGCAUUACAAAAUCCUGGUCAGAUCUCCAGCACAAAAUAAACCGAGGCCGAGAGACUUCCGAGGCCCAACUGAACUCCUUGGAGAACUCUUCGGAAAUCGAGUCGAGCAAUUCCGGAAAUAAGGAAAUUCCAGAGAAACUGUUGCGGUAUUUCGAGAGAGAGGAGGAAGUGGAACGUGAUAUUUACCAGAGUCACGAUAAGUCUCGACGUGGAACGUUCGGCCUUGACCGCUCACAUUUCACGUCGGAUCAAUUAUCUGUUAAGAAUGGACACAAUGAAAGUGACUCGAUGAACGGUGAAAGCUCACCGAGGGAAGAAGAAAUACCGGAUGUUGCUAGGAGAAAAAGUAGCGAUGGCGUUGUCGAGGCGAAUAUUAGUAAUUUUAAGGACAACAAUCCUGGAAAGUUCCUUCCUGAUGCUCGAAAAAUGGACACCAUUGAUAAAGAGGACAGAACUAAUCAAAGAGUUAAUUACAGCAAGGAGAAAUUACUGGCUGCUAUGAAGGCAAUCGAUGAUAAUGAGAACAUCGAGUUCAUUUCGAAUGAGAAGACUAAUCAGAGGAGCACCAGUUCGACCAUCAGAUCUCAGGUGACUGAGAAUCUUUAUCGGGGACUCCCCACACAUGCCAGGAAGCGGGAUGAUAUUAUUAAGGACAUUUUUAGUGAUGCUAAAGUGGAUAAUAAACUACGGAGUGGGUGUACAGUGACGUCAAGGUUGACAGCUGAUUAAUUUAUCGUAGGGAUAAUCAAUUGACGACACGUGGCUGGUUAAAUUUUUUUCAGAAAGCAAGACAGAAUCGAACAGAUGAUGACUGGGUAGACAGAUCUAUUUAUACGUGCUGUGAAUGAAUUGUUUUGUAGUUUCGCUACUGUUUAAAUUCAGGUAUGAUGGUAUUUGUAUGGGAGAGAUAAUCCUGUGGUUAAUUGCGAUGUGGGUAAUUAAUUUUUGGAGAUGAAGGGAAAGGAGUUCGAGUGGAAGCAUUCGAGUAAUUCAAAAGUAUUCAAAUAAUUCUCCUAAAUCGUAAAAAACCUGAGAAUCGAUUUUAAUAACGGAAGGGUAAACCCAUGGAUGUAGUAAUUUUAUAACCGUCGCAAUCAAUUACAGAAUUACCGAUACAUGUAAAGAAUAUUACUGUAAAAUGUGUGAUCAGAUUUCAUACGACAGAAGAAAUAAUAAA